UCCAAGAUAUCUUUAGAGACUGUGUUAUUAUCCAAGAUAAUUUAGAUGUCGUUUCUGAUAAUGAACUGCUGAGCUCCUCCCAAAACAAUUCUUUAAUUUUCUUUUACUAAAGACACUUUCUAUGAAAGCUUUUGAAGAUUCUUCCAUGAUAGACCUGCAAAAUCCUAAGUAGAUACAUAAUAUCUGGCUUUCAUAGAAAGCAAAUGGAUCAUCUUCCAUCUUGCUAAGCACUUAAUAGAAGAUAUUAAUAUGCUGGGUUCUUUCUUGAUGGAUGAGGAACAUCUCACUGGCUCAAGGUUGACUCAGUCUUCCAUCCUUCCAAGGAGACCAUGACAGAAGCCGAGAACUUCACGUCUGUCAAGGAAUUCAUCUUGCUGGGACUCACCACCCACAGAAAUAGUCAGCUUCUCCUCUUUGGGGUCAUUCUUAUCAUCUACUUGCUUACAGUUUUGGGAAACCUGCUGAUCAUUGUAUUGGUGCGGACUGAUAAAAAACUCCACACACCCAUGUAUUAUUUUCUCUCACACCUUGCAUGGGUAGAUAUGUGUUACGUAACCACCACCAUGCCUCUCAUGUUGACUCAGCUCCUGACUGGAGAUGGAGCCAUUUCUUUAGCAUUCUGCAUGGUCCAGAUAUACACUGCAGUGGCCUUAGGUGGUGUUGAGAUUCUCCUGUUUGGGGUUAUGGCCUAUGACCGCUACCUGGCUAUCUGCCGUCCUUUACUUUACCCUGUUCUCAUGAACAAGAGCUGCCAAUUGCAGUGCAGUUCAACAUGCUGGAUAACAGCUCCUCUGGUCUCUCUGAUUUACAUUGUCUGCCUUCUUUGCCAAAACUAUUGUGGCCCCAAUCAGAUCAAUAACUUCAUAUGUGAGAUGCCAGUGGUGCUGAAACUUGCAUGUGGUGAUACCAAAAUUGUUGAGGCCAUUAUUUUUGGUAUAGGAGGAUUUUUCCUUUUGCUUCCCCUUUCUAUUGUAUUGGCCUCCUAUGGUUUUAUUCUUCAUUCUGUCUUACAAAUGCAAUCAAGUGGGCGGCGCAAAGCUUUCUCUACCUGUGGCUCCCAUCUCCUUGUGAUCUCCAUGUUUUAUGGUCCUUUGCUUUGGGUGUACAUAAUUCCAAAGACUAAUUCAGCUACUGAUUGUGAUAAACAAAUAGCAAUCUUCUAUGUUUUGAUCACCCCUCUGCUCAACUCUAUCAUUUACACCCUGCGAAACAAAGACUUUCAUAGGGCAGUAGCCAAGAUCUUGUGAAGAAGGUCAUACUUGAAGACAUGUAUUAGGUAUUCUGUCAUGGGUAAUCUUUUUUUUUUAAAAAAAGCUGAUGGUCCUUAAGUGGCUGAUUACGAGUAUUACUCCAUAAAUAUUUGAAAGCCUUUGUUUCUUUAACCUUGAAAUCAAGUCAAGUCUGUGGAUGAUCUAUCUGUCCGAAUAAUCUUCAUCUAGUAAUUAUGUUGAGAUGUUGAAACCUUAAAACAAAGUUCUUUGUGGUCUAAAGAACAUGAACCCCCACUGUUGUGUCCUGAGCCUGCAAAUGCAAUGGUCCCGGGCCUUGCAGAAGCUGCCUGGGACCAGACUGAGUGGCAGUGGCUUUGCGUGCAUGCGCAAGGCGCGAAAAGUGC